GCUCGCGCUCCGGGUUUGUACAUCUUCGAGCCGGUGCAUCGGCGGCUGCUGUGUCCUGAGCAUGUCGUGCCUCCUCACGGCUUUGCAAGCCAACCUCCGUGGGAAACUGCCAUUGCAGAGAGUCUUUGCAGGAGAUUCCCGCUGGAUCCCCGCCCGCUGUGCGAGCAACGCGCCACCCACCAAACCAUCCAAGCAGGGCAAAGAAAAUGAGCCUCCAUCGUCAUCUGUGAAAAGGUGGAAGGAGAAUGCUGAAACGGUUAUAAUUGGAGGUGGUUGUGUUGGAGUUAGCUUGGCUUAUCACCUGGCCAAAGCUGGGAUGAAAGAUGUCGUUUUGCUGGAGAAGUCAGAACUAACAGCUGGUUCUACAUGGCAUGCGGCUGGCUUAAUAGCAUAUUUUCAUCCUGGGAUCAAUGUGAAGAAAAUUCAUCAUUACAGCAUCAAACUGUAUGAAUGUUUGGAGCAAGAGACAGGACAGGCAGUCGGCUUCCAUCAGCCCGGCAGUGUCCGAAUUGCCACCACCCCUACCCGAGUGGAUGAAUUUCACUACCAGAUGACCCGGGCACGCUGGAACGUGACUCCACAAUUCAUGAUUAGCCCUGAAAAGGUGCUGGAACUCUUCCCGCUGAUAAAUAUUGACAAGGUCCUGGCUGGCUUGUAUAACCCUGGAGAUGGCCACAUUGAUCCUUAUUCUCUCACCAUGGCUCUGGCGGCUGGAGCACGAUUGUAUGGGGCUGAGCUGUACUAUCCUGCGGAGGUCACUGGUCUUUCACCGAGAUCUGAUGGGACAUGGGAUGUGGAAACAGCAAAUGGAGCCAUUCGUGCGAAGCGCAUUGUGAACUGUGCAGGAUUUUGGGCCCGUGAAGUUGGAAAGAUGAUUGGGUUGGAUCACCCCCUUGUCCCCGUCCACCAUCAGUACGUGAUCACGUCAACAGUUCCAGAGGUGAAAUCACUGAAACAAGAGCUUCCCGUUCUCCGUGACUUGGAGGGCUCGUACUAUCUGCGCCAGGAACGCGAUGGUCUUCUAUUUGGUCCCUAUGAAGAUAAGGAGAAGAUGAAGAUACAGGAGUCUUGGUUAAAGGAUGGUGUCCCAACAGGAUUUGGGAAGGAACUUUUUGAAUCGGAUUUGGAUAGAAUCAUGGACAAUGUCGAGUGUGCCAUGGAAAUGGUGCCAGUUUUGAAAAGAGCCGACAUAAUAAACAUAAUAUCAGGUCCUAUCACAUACACACCCGAUAUACUUCCCAUGGCUGGACCUCAUCAAGGUGUGCGUAACUACUGGGUGGCCAUCGGCUUUGGGUAUGGAAUAAUUCAUGCAGGUGGGAUUGGAAAGUAUCUUAGCGACUGGAUCAUGAAUGGGGAACCCGAAUUUGACCUGAUUGAACUCGAUCCCAAUCGUUUUGGUAAAUGGACAACAAUCCAAUACGCUGUGGAUAAAGCAAGAGAAUCAUAUGGAUUCAACAACCUUGUUGGAUUUCCCAAAGAAGAGAGAUUUGGAGCACGGCCAACAGAGAGAGUAAGUGGGAUUUAUGAAACAUUGAAGAACAAGGCAUCGAUGGGAUUCCAUGCUGGCUGGGAGCAGCCACAUUGGUUCUACAAACCUGGAGAUGACCCUGAAUAUAGACCUAGUUUCCGCCGCACAAACUGGUUUGAACCGGUUGGUCGAGAAUGUAAACAGGUCAUGGAAAAAGUGGGCGUUUUUGAUCUCACACCCUUUGGCAAGUUUUCCAUGAAAGGAAAAGACGCCACCAAACUACUGGACCGCUUGAUUGCAAAUGUCAUUCCUAAGCUGGGUUAUAUAAAUAUCAGUCAUAUGAUUACCCCAAGAGGUCGAGUUUAUGCAGAAGUGACAAUCAGCCAUCUAUCAGAGGACGAUUUCUUGCUGGUGACAGGGUCAGGAUCUGAGCUCCACGACUUAAGAUAUAUAGAAGAAGAGGCAGCUAUUGGUGGCUAUGAGGUUGAUAUCCGUAAUGUUACUGACGAAAUCGGAGUGUUGGGUGUGGCAGGCCCAUUUUCACGGAAGGUUCUCCAGAAGCUGACAAAUGUAGACUUGAGUGGAAAAGCGUUUAAGUUCCUGCAGUGUAAGCCAAUUACUCUGGCAGAUGUUCCCCUCACCGCAAUGAGGAUCUCCUACACAGGCGAGCUUGGCUGGGAGCUGUAUCACAAACGGGAGGACACUGCUGCCCUCUACCAUGCUAUCAUGGAAGCAGGUCAGGAGUUUGGAAUCGACAACUUCGGAGCAUACGCCAUGAACACUUUGCGGCUUGAGAAGGCGUUUAGAGGAUGGGGAGCAGAGAUGAACUGUGACACAAAUGCCUAUGAAGCAGGGUUGGACUAUUUCAUUAGGUUAAACAAGCCAACAGAAUUUAUUGGAAAACAGGCUUUACAAAGCAUCAAGAAAGAGGGGGUGAAGCGCAAACUGGUGUACCUCGGCAUGCAGACUGACAACGUGGAUCCUGAAGGAAAUGAAAGCAUUUGGUAUCAAGACAAGGUCAUAGGUAACACUACAUCUGGAGCCUACAGCUACAACACACAGCAGAGUGUGGCCUUUGCGUACGUGCCUGUGGAACUCAGUAAAAUAGGGCAGCACGUGGAAGUGGAGCUGCUGAACAAAAAGUACAACGCCGUAAUCAUCCAAGAACCAUUGGUACUGACCGAACCAACCCGGACCCGAAUGAAGAAGAAAAGUGAUAUUUCAAAAGUUUGAUAUUAAAAUGAAAGCAAAUUCAAUAUAGUGGAUUAAAGAAGUAUGUGAAUGCCGUAGGCACUGUUGGAACAAAAUAUCUCUCAGCUCUUUAAAUGUAAAAAAUAAGCACAGGGUUGAAAAUUUGGAAGUAAUUUUAAUUAGUUACUUUUGCAAUCUCCACCUGGAAGUGCUGGGUCGUAUUUCGAUGAGGUAGGAACUAUUUUUGUUAAGCCCUGCUUCAUCUGGGACCAAACUUCUAAUUACUAGGGAUUGUGUGCGUGUGUGUGCGUGUGUGUGCAGAUGCUGACCUCAGUAAAAUGCCCUUCAGAAAGUAUUAUGCAUUCACACAUGUUCUGUAACAAGAUUGUCAAUCUCUCCUUUCAGAAGCGAAGUAGGAAAAUCUGCCUCAGUAUUAACAACACACCCGACAGCCCCGGUCUCAUCAUUGUCUCAAAAGAGCAGAACAAAAAUUGCAAUCAUGUAGUUAAUUGGAAAGAAUCAAAGAGGUUUAGCCAAGUCUACCAUUUAAGGAUCAAAGGCAUUCUCAAACCAAUUAACUAAUGCUUUAAAUAAUUUUUAAUCUGAAUUCAUGAAACACUUGCAGUUGGAUGUGAUAAUCCUUCAUCCAAAUGGAACUAAUACUUUGAAACCAAUUAUUUUUCAAAGUCAUGUACCAUCUGCUCCCUUUGUACAAUUAUCUCUCUUUAGCUGUUCAAUCAUUACUAAAUGUAUAGGAGUCCAUUUAUGUUUCACUCGCCAAGGCAGAAAGUCUUAUUCAAGGCAGGAUGUGAUUGUGUGUUUUAUAAAACUAGAUAUAACUUGGAAAAUGAAAAGUAAAACUCCUGUUAUCCUCCAUUUAUUAACAAAGACCAGUCAAGGGAAUUAAUAUUGGAAUCUACGUGAGUGGGGAGAGAGUGGAUGACAGCAGGGGUUCCAGGAGGAGGAGGUACAUUGGAGGCAGGAGAAGGAAGAGUGUUGGAAUGAGUUCACUGCCAUGACACGAACUGUCUCCGUUUACUCACUCCAACCUCACCUCCUCCGAAAACACCGUCUUCUGCUCACUCAGUGCCAAUCCCAAUAUUGCCAUCAAACCUACUGACAAAGAAGGUGCCGUUGACCUCUACUCUGCUGAGGCCGGGAGUCAAGUCUUGAACACCUCUUCAUACUUACGUCUUAACCAUGACCCCAUAAAAACGAAUACCAGGCCAUGAUCUCCCAAAUCAUUACCAAUCUGAUCGCCUCCUGUUAUCUCCCCCUCCUACAUUUCACAGAACAUGUCCCCAUCCUAAACCAGAUUGUGAUAUUUCCGAACGAUUUCAUCAACAUUACCGCUAGCCUCCACCUCAAAUUCAUUUGGACUAUCUCUGACACCCCUCUGCCCCUUCCCCAUCUCCCUGUCUCCAUCACAGGGAAUAAACUGUUGACGUGCCUGCUGCAAACCCACUGACUCCCACAGCUACCUCAAAUACACCUCCUCCCACCCUGCCUCUUGCAACGGUGUCUUCUCUUACUCUCAAGUUCAUCUGAGAAUUCCUCUUUCUUCUGUAAACGUAGUUUUCCUCCGGAGGCUGUGGAUGGAGUCCUCAUCCAUGUCUCUUCUGCAUCCUGCAGUUUUGCUCUCGUUCCCACUCCCCUUUGACGGGACAAGGAUAGAGUUUAUCAGGUCCUCACCUUUCACCCCACCAGCCUUUGCAUCAAACACAUCAUUCUCCAACAUUUCCAUCACCUUCAAAAUGCUUCCACCACCAGUCACAUCUUCCCAUCCCCACUCCUUUCUGCUCGCUCAUUCCUUUCAAUCCUAUCUGCCCCCUUCCUCAGGUACUUUUCCCUGCAACCAAAGGAGAUGUAACCCUUGUUCUCACACUUCUCACUUUCUGCAUGGACCCCAGCAGCCCUUCCAGGUGAGAUAGAUAUUCAUGUGCACCUCUUCCAAUCUUGUCUAUUACAUUCCGUGCUCCCGAUGUGGCCUCACCGAGACAAAGCAUAGACUUGACGCCCGUUUCGCUGAACACUUGCACUCAUUCUGCCAAGGCCUACUGGAUCUCCCGGUUGCUAACCACUUUAACUCCCCAUUCUUAUACUGACCUUUCUGUCCUUGACCUCUCCAAUUGCUAGAGUGAGACCACAUCCAAACUUGAGGAUUGACACCUCAUAUUCUGCUUGCAACCUAACGGUAUGAACAUUGAAUUCUCCAGUUUCAAGUAAUACCUUCUAAACCCCCUCUUUCUCCGUCCCCUCCCUCCACACCCCCUCCACCCCAGAGCAUACACAUUUCUCCCAACACCCUUGUCACCAUGCUCAUUUCCCUUUCUCCCUACACUCGACUGCCUUCAUUGAAUCCCAUAUUUCCAUGUUAUCCCCUUUUCUCCCGUCCCCUUCCACCCACAUCCCUCCCUCUGACUUUACAUUUGCUCCGUCUUUCCUUAUCUGCC